AUGGGCCGACAAACACCCUGUCCCUCUGCAUCGCGGGUGGCUGCUUCCUUCCUGCUGUCGUUCCUGGCUGCAAGCGUUGCGAGCGCGGCCGACAUGUCCGUCCUGCCGCCGCCGCCGCCGCCUCCUCUCCCGCAUAGUGCUCACAACAUCGACAAGGACUUUACGCUGCGACACAUCUUCCACCAUGGCGCCUACAAAUACCCCGAGCUCCAUAGGCGAAUCGAUGUUCCAGAACAUGUCGCAGUAUGGACAGCCCAAGACGAGCACUCGGUCAGUCGCGAGCCCGUGCCGCGGCUGCGCGUCAAAUCCGAGGUCAUGAACAUCCAGAGACUGGCCGAUAGGAGCAAGGAAACAAUCGCCGGCAUACUAGAGUGGGGAAGAAGAAGCGGAAGAGGCGUGCAGCUGCCUGAAGAGGACUGGACAAUCGACGAGAUAGCAGGACCCAACGUCACCGACCGAGAGACAGUCCUCAGCUUCGCACGCAUGGCCUCAGACGCCUACAUAUUAGAUCCCGGUACUGGCGAGUGGGAGGAUGUCGGUGGCGGCUUCAACUACACGGAAGACUUCGGCUGGGAAUCAGACGGUCUGCGAGGCCACAUCUUCGCUGAUACCGAGAACUCGACAGUCGUCAUAGGCUUGAAGGGUACAUCUCCCGCCAUGUUCGAUGGUUCCGAGACGACUACAAACGACAAGAUCAACGACAAUCUGUUUUUCAGCUGCUGCUGCGGCCAGGGUGGGCAGUACCUGUGGCGACAAGUCUGCGACUGUCAAACCUCGGCCUUCACCUGCAACUCCACCUGCCUCGUCACUGCCCUUCGCGAGAAGAACCGAUACUAUUACGCUGCUCAAGACCUGUACCACAAUGUCACGGCAUUGUAUCCUGAUGCCGAGAUUUGGAUGGCUGGUCAUUCUCUCGGUGGUGCCGUAUCGUCUUUCCUCUCCCUCACGUUUGGACAUCCUGCAGUUACCUUCGAAGCUGUCCCAGAAGCCAUGCCAGCGUCCCGUCUCGGUCUUCCUGUGCCACCCGGCCACCAGAUCGGCUCACUGCAACAGCGCAAGUUCACCGGCGGUUUUCACUUUGGACAUACUGCAGAUCCCAUAUACAUGGGCGCAUGCAACCAAGCUACCAGUGCCUGUACUAUUGGCGGAUACGCUUUGCAGAGUGUCUGCCAUACCGGGCAAAAGUGCGUAUACGAUACAGUAAAAGACUUUGGCUGGCGCAUGGGUAUUGGCACCCACAAGAUUGUUGAAGUCAUCCGAGACGUUAUACUAAAGUACGAUGCGCCUCCCAAAUGCGAAGCCUACGUUGACUGCACCGACUGCUACACUUGGGAGUACUUUGAGAGCAACGGCACCGAGACGACCACUAGCAAGAGCUCGAAGCCCACAGCCACAUCGACGUCAACCAGGUCUAGUCGCACGCGAACUGAAACAUGCAAAACCCCAGGAUGGUGGGGAUGUCUCGACGAAUCGACGACCAAGUCACACAGCAAGACGACGUUUACGACGACAUCAUCGACCUCGACGUGCAAGACGCCCGGUUGGUUUGGCUGCCUAGACGAGACGACUUCGUCUACGACCAUGACAAUCACUACUACACCUGCUCCGGCACCUACUGUGACAACCACGUCGUCGACACCUACGUCUACUUCAUCAUGCAAGUAUCCAGGCUGGUUUGGCGGAUGCUUCGACGGUGAUGACCCGCCUGCGAAGACACACCAUACGCCCAAGCCAACUCCGACGGCUACCUCUGCCAGCACGUCGUGCACAUCCGAAGGCUUCUUUGGUCUUAUAUGUUACGACAAGUCAAAGAAGCACGGGAAGACGAGUUCCAACUCGCCAAUGACUGAACGGAUGGAGAUGUAG